UCAGUUCCCUUGCGAGUAACGGAGUGCCAUUUCGGAUCCUGCAAAGGGUUUUGUUGCAAAGGGUGUUGAGUUGUUGAUAAAGUAAACGUGAACAAACAACUGUAAUUAUAAUGGCGGAUCCAUUAACUUUACUUCGGCAAUAUAACGUAAGCAACAAACUCAUUCACGAGGAGGAUGGCAAAAUCAUUUUUGGCGAAUACGCUUGGCCAAAAAAUGUUAAAACAAAUUAUGUCAUAUACGGAACGGCUAAAGACGGCGCGAAGGAAUACUACACUCUGGACACUUUACUACAUUUUUUAAAGAAUGUUUCAUUAAAUCACGCCAAUUAUGUGCGGCAAACUGCGAAUGCUGGUGUUAGCGUCGUGCGUCGGCCGGACCGAAAAGAUAUUCUGCAGUACCUCAAUGGAGAAACUCAGACUUCGGCCAGUAUCGACAAGUCAGCACCUCCAGUCGUACCGAUCACUCUUAAAAGAUCGGCUGAUACUAGAGGCCAAGAUGGAACCAAACGUCCACGUAUGGAAGCUACUGAAGUACAAAAAGCAAAAGAACAAUUUCAAGCUCGUCUGGAUGCAUCCAAAGAGGAUGCAAUCACAACCGAGAACAUCUCAUCGCUGUCAGAUAAACUUUCAGUCGAAAAAAUUGCUGCUAUUAAAGCUAAACGUUUGGCUAAAAAGAAAAAUACAAUUAAAAUCGGCGAUGAUGAUCUCGAGCCAAUUUCAUCCGAGCUCCAGCACAUGCUUGAUUAUGAGAAAGAGCAUACGACGGUGAUCUUAUCUCGGGAACGGGUGUGGCGGAACCGAAUUACGAUUCUACAGGCAAAUGGAAAAAACUUUGCCAAGACCAUUUUCCCCAUCCUGCAGUCGAUCGCUGCUCGGGCACAUGGAGGAGGACAUCAGCCAACGAAAAGACCACUGUUGCCUCAGGCAACGCCGCAAAGCGUGACAGCUGUACGGCAAAUUCCACCUCAACCAACAACCUACAGCAGAUACGAUCAGGAGCGAUUUGAGAAAAGAAAAGAAACGGAAGGAUUCCAGAUCGAUACGAUGGGAUCGUAUCACGGAAUGACCCUGAAAUCAGUGACAGAGGGGUCACGUCCUCAGCGUCCCUCGAUGGCUCCGGUCAAUUUAUCGCCGAGAGCUCCACCUGGUAGCCGCAAUAGCAUCGGCGGAGGAGUCUCUCCUGGUGUACCCCAGAAACGGGUUUCUCGCACCCCCAUAAUCAUUAUUCCUGCUGCCACCACCUCCCUCAUAACAAUGUUCAACGCAAAGGACAUCCUCGAGGAUCUUAAAUUCAUCAGCUCAGAUGAAAAACGUAAAGCCGGGGUUAGAAGAGAGCAGGCGGUCAUUAUUCAGCACAGGAGAGUCGGUUCAACGUUAACACAGCCAUACAAGGUGAUAGACGACCCGCGACACCUGCGACCAGAAGAUUGGGACCGCGUCGCAGCUGUGUUUGUACAGGGCCCCACCUGGCAGUUCAAAGGAUGGCCGUGGGGUGGAAAUCCCGUUGAAAUCUUUGCACGCAUUCGAGCGUUCCACAUGAAAUGGGAUGAAGAGGCGCUGGACUCAAAUGUCGAGAAAUGGUCUGUGACCGUUAUUCAGCUCUCGAAGUACAAACGUCACCUUGAUCGGGCCAAUCUCCUUCAUUUCUGGGAGAUACUCGGCAGAAAUUCACAGGGUGGAAAUCCAGCCCUUCGACGAUAGUCUGCAUAUACAUCUGCAUAUACACAGCAUUCUGUAAAUAAACAUAGGUGCAUAAAUCAAUAAAUGCACAUUGCAUAAUAAAAGUCGGCAUUGUGCAUACACAUUGAUCGAAAUUUGUAAAUAUCCUAAUUGCACUAGUGGCAAGCACCGGUAGCAAUUCGCGAUGAUAGAAAUUAAUUUAUCAUUUGAAUACAUAUAUUAGUCGCUGGACACGCUUAGAUCCGGUCGCACCAACAUAAAAUGUUCAAUGAUAUCGUAUGCUAUAUCUAUGCCGAUUCUAAUCGUAGAAUCUUUGUAUGAAUAACGUAUGCCUUCCUUGGUUGUUAUGAGUCAAAUAAAUGCUCUACCGAACCACACCACACCUACGCAUUGCUGUUUCGAUAUAGUCUUGCGGUAUUCCUGCAGCGGUUCAAGCCAGAUUAUCAGGCGUGUUUUGACCGUUAGCAAAGGUAACCGGUAACGUUUUGCGCGCGGAAAAGAUCUAUGACACCAAAUACAAGCUUCAUACGCUCAUCCCUACUAACAAUAAGGUGUCAACGAGGCGGGGGAAAAACAAUAUAUUUGUUUGAAAUUUUUAACUACAACAUUUUGAAUACAUUUUGAAUUAAGAUUCAAAAUGUUUUCUUAUAUUUUUCACCAUGAAUGCUUGCAUGAAAUAAUUGUACAAAAAUUAUACUGUAAUUUCACAAACAUUAAUAGUACUAUCAAUGUUUGUGAAUCUACAAAUUGCCAAUCUGUAUGUAUAUGAUA